CUUGGUCUCAUGUUGCAUCCACACACCGGGUUUUCCAACCAAACACCAAAUUCGAACUCUCGUGAAAUCGGUGGUCGAAUAAUUCACAGACCCAUUCCCGUCGGUGCCUUUUCAUCACGUCCCCCUGGUGUGCUUUCAUCUUACAAUAUGCCUCCAAAGGUCUCUGGUCAGGUUGAUGGUACACCAAUCAGUCACUGGUUCCAUGGUAACAUUAGCCGCGAAGACACUGAAUGCCUAUUAAAGCAUAGUGGCGUUAAUGGAACCUUCCUCAUUCGUUAUAGUACAUCAACGCAGAAAUAUGUGCUAAGUGUCAUUUACAACCAACAGCUAUAUCACUAUCCUAUCGAAGAGCUUCUCGAUGGAUUUUAUCAGGUUAACGGGACGAAUGCCAAGUACUUGGGCAUCGACUUGCUUGUAUCGGAGUUCCGUCGUGCGAACAAUUGCAUUGUCUGCUCCCUUGGCAAACCCAUUUUUGGUGCCAAGCCGCCACCCCACAUAACUGUCUAUGGUUCUACCAACGAACUUCAUCAUGCAGUGAGGAAAGGCAACCUUAAAGGUGUUCGCGAUCUUCUCAACCGCGUUGCCUCGACGACUGUCAGCAUCAGCGAGUAUGUCAAUGAGAAAUCCGCAGACAGUGGUGCCACCCCACUCAUUGAGGCCGCUAAAACCGGAUCUAACGACAUUGUUCGGUUGCUGUUGGAUCAUGGAGCGCAGGUGAAUCUGCGCGACUGCGGCGGCUUUACGGCGCUGCAUCGGGCCUGCCAAAAAUCCUUCGCUCAUGUGGCGGAGACUUUGCUGCGCUUGGGUCGAGCCAAUCCCCAGAUCAAGUGCCCCUUUUCUGGUAAUACCGCCCUCCAUGAAGCAGCAAUGCUUGGCCAUGCGGAUUGCGUCAACUGCCUCCUUGAGUUUCACGCCGCUCCGUGGGCCCGCAACGCUGAACUGGAAAUGCCCUUUGAACUGGCCCUCCGUUUUGGUUUCGCGGAGCUAGCCAACGCGCUUGCUGGAUAUCAGCCCGUGCCUCCCUUAACCUCACAGUCGGACUGGUUUCACCCGUCGCUGUCAAAGGGAGAGACAGAGCGUGUGUUUGCCACCAGCUCGGCGAUGCAGGAUGGUGCCUUUUUGGUGCGGCGUUCCUCCCAGUCGGAGCGCAAGUUUGUUCUCGUCCUCUGCUACCAGCGCCAGAGCCUAAAGUACCAAAUUGAAGUGGUCGACUUCUCCUUCCAUCUGGAUACUAAGGAGGCCUACUUUAUUGAUAAGGGCCCAUUCCAUCUGUCACUGGAGCACUUCAUUGAGCACUAUAGUCGCUUCGCAGAUGGUAUUCCCACGCGUCUACGCUACGCCGUGUCUCCCACAGGCAGGGUACUCAAUAUGGAGCGACUUCUCUCUUCUUCCGGCUCUUCUUCCUCCUCUUCCACACCCUCCUCUGGUCGUGAGUUGGUCAAAGUCGUCUCCGGUAAUGAUCGUAUUUCCUCUAGUAGCGAGGCCUGGGCUCUCGCUCCCCCUCCCUCUGGUCAUCGGGGCGCUCCUCUUGCAAUGCAAAGCCACGCCUUUGCCAGCGGUCGUCCCAAAUCCCAAUCUGCUAGCAAGCGCAACAGUAGUUCCAGCUCGGGCAUGUCGAGCAGCAGUGCUGUGGUGACAGCAGGCGUGACAGGGCUGCCCUCAGCACCCCCCUCAGCUCUCGGCCUUGGUGGCUCUGCCGGGCCUUCAGGCACUGAGUUGCGCCUCAUCCCUAGUGACGCAGUAAUCCUUCUCUGUCGCCUUGGUGAGGGCGAAUUCGGUGAAGUGUACUGCGGCAAAUUACAUCUUGAAAAUUGCACUACGCAGGAUGUUGCCGUUAAGGUGUUGGUGCAGCCAUGUCAGCGGUUGGACUUUCUCAAGGAGGCAAGUAUCAUGAUGCGUCUCUCGCAUGAGAAUAUCAUCACAAUUUACGGAGUAUGUGAGAACAAACGCCUCAUGAUGAUCCUCGAAUUGGCUGAGCUGGGUAGCCUCUUGGACUUCAUGCUCGACUACCCUGAGCGUUGCCAGUUGCCUGAGCUCUACAACUGGGCUAUGCAGAUUGCAAGCGGCAUGAGUUACCUCGAGUCUGCGGGCUUUGUCCAUCGUGAUUUGGCUUGUCGUAACGUCCUCCUCGCCUCCCAGUCCUGCGCCAAGAUCUCUGACUUUGGACUCUCACGCGCCGUGGGUGUGGAAUCAGACUACUACAAGGCCACCCAGCGCGGAAAGUGGCCGGUCAAGUGGUACGCUCCAGAGUCCAUCUAUUACAAGACCUUCAGCACCGCCAGCGAUGUGUGGUCCUUCGGCGUAUGUUUGUGGGAGAUGUUCUCAUUAGGUGAGCAUCCAUAUGCGGAGCAGGACAGCUUUGAGGUGUUGCGCCAGUUAGAGGAGGGGGUGCGAUUGCCGCAACCGCGAUUGGCCAGUGACGAGGUCUACGACGUGAUGCUCGACUGUUGGGCCUAUGCACCCGAGGCUAGACCUAAGUUUGCCCACCUCCUGGCCAUUUUUCGACACCUGGCUACCAAUGUGUACGAAAAUGUGGCUGCACCGUCGCAACAAACUACAACUAUGACUCCUGCUGCCGCUUCAUCGAAAACCAAUGGGGCGGCAGGAGGCAUUCAUAUGUAG